AUGUUCUUCAUAUUCACGUGUGGCGAGCACACCUUCCACAAACCAGUACAAGGCUACGAGGGACUCGUCUGCCGGUGCUACAAUUGUGGCAACUACUCGGCAGCUGUCAUCAAGUCGCAUCCAUGGUUUACGUUCUGUUUUGUUCCCGUCCUCCCGCUCUCGAUGAAGGGCUACGAAGAUGUUUCCUGCCGUAUCUGCAACUUCCAGCAACCGCUCUCACACCGACCCGAUGUCCGGGCACUUCGCGGAGGAGGUCAAGGAGCACAAAUGCAGCCCCCGCAACAUGCGCCACCACAGGGAUGGGGUACUGGACAGCCCAACCCGAACGAGCCGAUGAGGUACUCAUGA